GGGUAGAGGGACGCGGGAUGGGGCGGGGAGAGCCGGCUCUGCCUCAGGGAAGGAGGGGAUGAGAGUUGGGGAGAACCACGGGAGGAGGAGGAGGAGGAAGAGGAGGCAGCCGCUGAGGAGCCAACGCUGGGCCCCGCAGUAAGACUCCCAGGAGCCACCAUCAUGGUGAAGAGGAAGAGCUCUGAGGGCCAGGAGCAGGACGGCGGCCGCGGCAUCCCCUUGCCCAUCCAGACCUUCCUGUGGCGGCAAACCAGUGCAUUUUUGAGGCCUAAACUGGGGAAGCAAUAUGAAGCCUCUUGUGUGUCCUUUGAACGAGUGUUGGUAGAAAACAAGCUGCAUGGCCUCUCUCCGGCCCUCUCUGAAGCCAUCCAGAGUAUUUCCAGAUGGGAGCUGGUGCAAGCCGCUUUGCCUCAUGUCCUCCACUGCACGGCGACCCUCCUCUCCAACAGGAACAAGCUGGGUCGGUGCCCCUGUGAAUCUGACCUCACGUUCCGACUGGCCAGCGGGCUUGUUAUAUGGCAGCCCAUGUGGGAGCACAGACAGCCCGAAGUGUCUGGCUUCACGGCACUGGUGAAGCCCAUCAGGAACAUCAUCACAGCUAAGAGAAGCUCUCCUAUUAACAGUCAGAGUCAGACCUGUGAAUCACCAAAUCAGGACACAAGUCAUGGAGAGGGCCUCCAGGUGGUCUGUGAAACCUUCCAGUCAGAUUCCAUCUCCCCCCAGGCCACCAUGUCAGGCUGCCACCGAAACUCCUUUGAUGGAAGUCUGUCCUCCCAAACUUCCCAGGAAAGAGGUCCAUCGCAUUCCAGGGUCUCUCUUGUGAUACCUCCAUGCCAAAGGUCCCGCUAUGCCACCUACUUUGAUGUUGCUGUUCUUCGCUGCCUACUCCAGCCCCACUGGUCUGAGGAAGGCACUCAGUGGUCUCUGAUGUAUUAUCUACAAAGGCUGAGACACAUGUUGGAAGAGAAGCCAGAAAAGCUCCCAGAGCCAGAUAUCCCCCUCCUGCCCAGACCCAGGAGCAGCUCAAUGGUGGCAGCAGCCCCCUCACUGGUGAACACCCACAAAACCCAAGAUCUCACCAUGAAGUGUAAUGAAGAUGAAAAAUCUCUCAGUCCUGAGGCCUUUUCCAAGGUGUCCUUGACCAAUCUGCGUAGGUCUGCAGUCCCAGAUCUUUCUUCUGACCUUGGCAUGAACAUUUUUAAGAAGUUCAAGAGUCGCAAAGAAGACCGGGAGAGGAAGGGCUCCAUCCCCUUGCACCACCCGGGGAAGAGGAGGCCGCGGAGAAUGGGCGUGCCCUUCCUGCUUCACGAGGACCACCUGGACGUGUCCCCCACCCGCAGCACCUUCUCCUUCGGAAGCUUCUCUGCGCUGGGAGAAGACCGGCGAGGCAUUGAGAAAGGCGGCUGGCAGACCACCAUCCUAGGGAAGUUUACCCGGCGGGGCAGUUCUGACGCAGCCACGGAGAUGGAGAGCUUGAGCGCCAAGCACUCCCACUCUCAUCACACCCUGGUGAGUGACCUGCCGGACCACUCCAACAGCCACGGAGAGAACACCUUCAGGGAAGUGAGAUCCCAGAUCUCCACGAUCACAGUUGCAACCUUCAAUACCACAUUGGCGUCAUUCAACGUAGGCUACGCAGACUUCUUCAAUGAGCAUAUGAGGAAGCUCUGCAACCAGGUGCCUAUCCCAGAGAUAACGCAUGAGCCCCUGGCCUGUGCGAACCUGCCACGAAGCCUCACGGACUCCUGUAUAAACUACAGCUACUUGGAGGACACAGAGCAUAUUGAUGGGACCAAUAACUUUGUUCACAAAAAUGGCAUGCUUGACCUUUCUGUGGUUCUGAAGGCUGUUUAUCUUGUCCUUAACCAUGACAUCAGUUCUCGAAUCUGUGAUGUGGCACUAAACAUUGUUGAAUGCUUGCUUCAACUUGGUGUGGUGCCCUGUAUAGAAAAGAACAGAAAGAAGAGUGAAAAUAAGGAAAAUGAGACUGUGGAAAAAAGACCAAGUGAGGGAACUUUCCAGUUCAAAGGAGUAUCUGGAAGUUCCUGUGGAUUUGGGGGCCCUUCAGUUAGUGGAGCUGGAGAUGGUGGAGGAGAAGAAGGAGGAGGUGGAGAUGGAGGAGGUGGAGGAGGCGAUGGAGGAGGAGGUGGAGGAGGUGGAGGUGGCCCUUAUGAGAAGAAUGAUAAGAACCAAGAUAAGGCCCAGAAUUGCCUCACUAAGCUGUACAAGCUAGAUAAGGUGCAGUUCCGACAAACCAUGAGAGACUAUGUGAACAAGGAUUCCCUCAAUAAUGUCGUGGACUUCUUGCACGCUUUGCUAGGAUUUUGUAUGGAACCGGUCACUGACAACAAGGCUGGUUUUGGAAAUAACUUCACGACAGUGGACAACAAAUCCACAGCCCAAAAUGUGGAAGGCAUUAUCGUCAGUGCCAUGUUCAAGGCCCUCAUCACACGCUGCGCUUCAACCACACAUGAACUGCACAGCUCUGAGAAUCUGGGGCUGUAUUGUGACAUCCGUCAGCUGGUCCAGUUUAUCAAAGAGGCUCAUGGGAAUGUCUUCAGGAGGGUGGCCCUCAGCGCUUUACUUGACAGUGCGGAGAAGUUGGCACCAGGGAAGAGGGUGGAGGAGAAUGAGCCAGAAUCUAAGCCUGUAGGCAGCAAAAGGUCAGAGGCAGGAAGCGUUGUGGAUAAAGGCCAAGUGUCCUCUGCGCCUGAGGAAUGUCGCAGCUUCAUAUCUGGUCGACCCUCACAGACUCCAGAGCACGAUGAACAAAUGCAAGGGGGCAACCUGGGCCGGAAGGAUUUCUGGCGCAAGAUGUUCAAAUCCCAGAGUGCAGCAAGUGACACCAGCAGCCAGUCUGAGCAGGACACUUCGGAAUGCACCACUGCCCACUCAGGGAACACCUCUGACCGACGCGCCCGCUCACGGUCCCGCAGAAUUUCCCUUCGGAAGAAGCUGAAACUCCCCAUAGGUAAAAGGAACUGGCUGAAGCGAUCCUCCCUCUCAGGCCUGGCGGAUGGCGUGGAGGACCUCCUGGACAUCAGCUCUGUGGACCGCCUGUCUUUCAUCAGGCAGAGCUCCAAGGUCAAAUUUACCAGUGCAGUGAAGCUUUCUGAAGGCGGGCCUGGGAGUGGAAUGGAAAAUGGAAGAGAUGAAGAGGAGAAUUUCUUCAAGCGUCUCGGUUGCCAUAGUUUUGACGACCAUCUGUCUUCCAACCAAGAUGGUGGAAAAAGUAAAAACGUGGUGAAUCUUGGAGCAAUCCGACAAGGCAUGAAGCGCUUUCAAUUUCUGUUAAACUGCUGUGAGCCGGGGACCAUUCCUGAUGCCUCCAUCCUGGCAGCUGCCCUGGAUCUUGAAGCCCCUGUGGUAGCCAGAGCAGCGCUGUUCCUGGAGUGCGCCCGAUUCGUUCACCGCUGCAACCGUGGCAACUGGCCCGAGUGGAUGAAAGGCCACCACGUGAAUAUCACCAAGAAAGGCCUGUCCAGGGGCCGGUCUCCCAUCGUGGGCAACAAGCGGAACCAGAAGCUGCAGUGGAACGCUGCCAAGCUCUUCUACCAAUGGGGAGACGCAAUUGGCAUCCGAUUGAAUGAGCUGUGCCACGGGGAGAGUGAGAGCCCAGCUAAUCUGCUGGGUCUUAUUUAUGAUGAGGAGACCAAGAGGAGACUGAGAAAGGAGGAUGAGGAGGAAGACUUUUUAGAUGACAGUACUGUGAACCCCUCUAAAUGCGGCUGCCCCUUUGCUUUGAAGAUGGCAGCAUGCCAGCUGCUGCUGGAGAUUACCACCUUCCUGCGAGAGACCUUUUCUUGCCUACCCAGACCACGCACUGAGCCUCUGGUGGACCUGGAGAGCUGCAGGCUGCGUUUGGAUCCUGAGCUGGACCGACACAGAUACGAAAGGAAGAUCAGCUUUGCCGGGGUCCUGGAUGAAAACGAAGACUCAAAGGAUUCCCUCCACAGUAGCAGCCACACCCUCAAAUCCGACGCAGGUGGUGAGGAGAAGAAAGAAGGGAGCCCGUGGAGUGCAAGCGAGCCCAGCAUCGAGCCAGAAGGAAUGAGUACUGCCGGCACAGAGGAGAAUUACCACAGGAACAUGUCGUGGCUUCACGUCAUGAUCUUGCUGUGCAAUCAGCAAAGCUUUAUCUGCACCCAUGUUGACUACUGCCACCCACACUGCUACCUGCACCACAGCCGCUCCUGUGCCCGGCUGGUCAGGGCCAUCAAGCUGCUGUAUGGAGACACCGUGGACUCCCUCCGGGAGAGCAACAACAACAGCAACGUGGCUCUCAGGGGCAAGAAGCAGAAAGAGUGCUCAGACAAGUCCUGCCUGAGGACACCUUCUCUGAAGAAGAGAGUUUCAGAUGCCAACCUGGAAGGGAAAAAGGACUCGGGAAUGCUGAAGUACAUCAGACUGCAGGUGAUGAGCCUGUCGCCUGCUCCCUUAUCUCUGCUCAUCAAGGCCGCACCAAUUCUGACGGAGGAGAUGUAUGGGGAUAUCCAGCCAGCUGCCUGGGAGCUCCUACUCAGCAUGGACGAGCACAUGGCUGGGGCGGCAGCUGCCAUGUUCCUGCUGUGUGCGGUGAAAGUCCCCGAGGCCGUGUCCGACAUGCUGAUGUCAGAGUUCCAGCACCCGGAGACGGUGCAGAGGCUGAACGCCGUCCUCAAAUUCCACACGCUCUGGAGGUUUCGCUAUCAGGUCUGGCCCCGGAUGGAGGAGGGAGCACAGCAGAUUUUCAAGAUCCCGCCUCCCAGUAUAAACUUCACCCUGCCCUCGCCAGUGCUUGGAAUGCCAUCUGUCCCCAUGUUUGACCCCCCGUGGGUCCCUCAGUGCAGCGGGAGUGUCCAGGACCCCAUUAAUGAAGACCAGUCUAAAUCCUUUUCAGCCCGGGCUGUGUCCCGUUCCCAUCAAAGGGCAGAACACAUCUUAAAGAACUUGCAGCAGGAGGAAGAGAAGAAGCGUCUUGGCCGAGAAGCCAGCCUCAUCACUGCCAUCCCCAUCACCCAGGAGGCUUGCUACGAGCCCACCUGCACACCCAACUCUGAGCCAGAAGAAGAAGUAGAAGAAGUCACCAAUCUGGCAUCCCGCCGACUGUCUGUCAGUCCAUCCUGUACCUCCAGUACUUCCCACAGGAAUUACUCCUUCCGCCGAGGGUCCGUCUGGUCGGUGCGUUCGGCUGUCAGUGCUGAAGAUGAGGAGCACACCACGGAACACACGCCAAACCACCAUGUGCCUCAGCCCCCACAGGCAGUGUUCCCAGCAUGCAUCUGUGCAGCAGUGCUCCCCAUUGUUCAUCUCAUGGAGGAUGGGGAGGUGCGGGAAGAUGGAGUAGCAGUGAGUGCUGUGGCCCAACAAGUCUUGUGGAACUGUCUAAUUGAAGAUCCAUCAACAGUUCUUCGACAUUUUCUGGAAAAACUGACCAUCAGCAAUAGACAAGACGAAUUAAUGUACAUGCUGCGCAAACUUCUCCUGAAUAUUGGAGACUUUCCUGCUCAAACAUCUCACAUCCUGUUCAACUAUUUGGUGGGAUUAAUCAUGUACUUUGUGCGGACCCCUUGCGAGUGGGGCAUGGAUGCCAUUUCUGCCACCCUGACCUUCCUGUGGGAGGUGGUGGGCUACGUGGAGGGCCUCUUCUUCAAGGACCUGAAGCAGACCAUGAAGAAAGAGCAGUGUGAGGUGAAGCUGCUGGUGACCGCCUCAAUGCCAGGUACCAAAACCCUGGUGGUUCAUGGGCAGAAUGAGUGUGAUAUCCCAACCCAAUUACCAGUCCAUGAAGACACUCAAUUUGAAGCCCUGUUAAAGGAGUGUUUGGAAUUUUUUAACAUCCCAGAAUCCCAGUCAACACAUUAUUUUCUCAUGGAUAAACGAUGGAACCUUAUCCACUACAAUAAGACCUAUGUCCGGGAUAUUUAUCCUUUCCGGCGGUCAGUGUCUCCGCAGCUGAACCUCGUGCAUAUGCAUCCGGAGAAAGGACAGGAGCUCAUUCAGAAGCAGGUGUUCACGCGGAAGCUGGAGGAAGUGGGGCGAGUUCUGUUCCUCAUCUCCCUGACGCAGAAGAUCCCCACGGCCCACAAGCAGUCCCACGUCUCCAUGCUGCAGGAGGACCUCCUCCGCCUGCCCUCAUUCCCCCGCAGUGCUAUCGAUGCCGAGUUUUCCCUCUUCAGCGAUCCUCAAGCUGGGAAGGAGCUGUUCGGCCUGGACACUCUUCAGAAGAGCCUGUGGAUCCAGCUCCUGGAGGAGAUGUUCCUGGGCAUGCCCAGCGAGUUUCCCUGGGGAGAUGAAAUCAUGCUCUUCCUCAACGUUUUUAACGGGGCUCUGAUCCUGCACCCAGAAGACAGCGCCCUGCUCAGGCAGUACGCGGCCACCGUCAUCAACAGCGCUGUGCACUUCAACCACCUCUUCUCCCUCAGCGGCUACCAGUGGAUUCUGCCCACCAUGCUGCAGGUGUACUCUGAUUAUGAAAGCAACCCCCAGUUGCGCCAAGCCAUCGAGUUUGCCUGCCACCAGUUCUACAUUCUCCACCGGAAGCCCUUUGUGCUCCAGCUGUUUGCUAGUGUGGCCCCGCUGCUGGAGUUCCCGGAUGCUGCCAAUACUGGGUCCAGCAAAGGUGUGUCAGCUCAGUGCCUGUUUGACUUGCUGCAGUCCCUGGAGGGCGAGACCACGGACAUCUUAGAUAUCUUAGAGCUGGUCAAGGCUGAGAAGCCGCUUAAGUCUUUAGAUUUCUGCUAUGGAAAUGAAGACCUGACUUUCUCCAUAAGCGAGGCCAUUAAGCUCUGUGUCACGGUGGUGGCAUAUGCUCCGGAAUCGUUCAGAAGUCUUCAGAUGCUGAUGGUCCUGGAAGCUUUAGUCCCAUGUUACCUACAGAAGCUAAAGAGACAGACAUCACAGGUGGAGACAGUACCUGCUGCCCGAGAGGAGAUUGCUGCCACGGCUGCUCUUGCGACAUCCCUCCAGGCCCUUCUCUACAGUGUAGAGGUCCUCACCAGGCCCAUGACAGCCCCACAGAUGAGCAGGUGUGACCAAGGUCAUAAAGGCGCCACCACAGCCAAUCACACCAUGUCGUCUGGGGUGAACACCAGGUACCAGGAGCAAAGCGCCAAACUGCACUUUAUCAGGGAAAACCUUCACUUGCUGGAGGAGGGGCAAGGCCUGCCCAGAGAGGAGCUGGAUGAGCGAAUUGCCCGGGAGGAGUUCAGAAGACCUCGGGAGUCCCUGCUGAAUAUUUGCACUGAGUUCUACAAGCACUGCGGGCCAAGGCUGAAGAUCUUGCAAAACCUGGCUGGGGAGCCUCGGGUCACGGCCCUGGAGUUGCUGGAUGUGAAGUCCCACAUGAGGUUGGCAGAAAUUGCUCACUCCCUUCUGAAGCUGGCACCAUACGACACGCAGACGAUGGAGAGCCGGGGGCUUCGACGCUACAUCAUGGAGAUGCUACCAAUUACCGACUGGACAGCCGAGGCAGUGAGGCCAGCCCUUAUCCUCAUUUUAAAGAGAUUGGAUAGAAUGUUCAACAAAAUUCAUAAGAUGCCUACUUUGAGGCGACAGGUUGAGUGGGAGCCUGCCAGCAAUUUGAUUGAAGGGGUUUGUUUGACACUGCAGAGGCAGCCAAUCAUAUCCUUCCUGCCUCACCUUAGGUCACUGAUCAAUGUCUGUGUCAAUCUGGUGAUGGGAGUGGUAGGACCUUCCAGUGUUGCUGAUGGAUUACCCCUUCUUCAUCUCAGCCCUUAUCUCUCACCACCUCUGCCCUUCAGCACAGCUGUUGUCCGGCUUGUAGCAUUGCAGAUACAGGCUUUAAAAGAAGAUUUCCCUUUAAGCCAUGUGAUCUCCCCAUUCACCAAUCAAGAGCGAAGGGAAGGGAUGCUUUUAAACCUACUCAUCCCAUUUGUGCUCACAGUAGGAUCUGGAAGCAAAGAUAGCCCGUGGCUGGAGCAGCCCGAGGUGCAGCUGCUACUGCAGACGGUCAUCAACGUGCUCCUGCCUCCGCGGAUCAUCAGCACGUCCAGGAGCAAGAACUUCAUGUUGGAGAGCUCCCCCGCUCACUGCUCCACCCCGGGGGACGUGGGGAAAGACCUGCGCAGGGAAGGGCUGGCAGAGUCCACCAGCCAAGCUGCGUACCUCGCUCUCAAGGUGAUUCUCGUCUGCUUCGAGAGGCAGCUGGGGAGCCAGUGGUACUGGCUGAGCCUCCAGGUGAAGGAGAUGGCCCUGCGGAAGGUGGGAGGCCUGGCCCUGUGGGACUUCCUGGACUUCAUCGUGCGGACCCGCAUACCCAUCUUCGUGCUCCUGCGCCCGUUCAUCCAGUGCAAGCUUCUGGCCCAACCAGCAGAGAAUCACGACGAGCUUUCUGCCCGGCAGCACAUCGCUGACCAGCUGGAGCGGCGCUUCAUUCCCCGCCCUCUGUGCAAGAGCUCCCUCAUCGCCGAGUUCAACAACGAGCUGAAAAUUCUGAAGGAGGCGGUUCACAGUGGGUCAGCCUACCAGGGCAAGACGUCCAUCAGCACCGUGGGCACCUCCACCUCUGCCUACCGCCUAAGCCUGGCCACCAUGUCCCGCUCCAACACGGGCACCGGCACCGUCUGGGAGCAGGACAGCGAGCCCUCCCAGCAGGCCUCGCAGGACACCCUGAGCCGGACCGAUGAGGAGGAUGAGGAAAAUGACUCCGUGAGCAUGCCCAGUGUGGUAAGUGAACAAGAAGCUUACCUCCUGAGUGCCAUUGGAAGGAGGAGGUUCUCCAGCCACGUCUCUAGCAUGUCCGCACCUCAGGCUGAGGUGGGCAUGUUACCGAGCCAAAGUGAACCUAAUGUCCUCGACGACUCCCAGGGCCUGGCCGCCGAGGGCAGCCUCUCUAGGGUGGCAAGUGUGCAGAGCGAACCUGGCCAACAGAACCUCCUCAUCCAGCAGCCGCUGGGGAGGAAGAGGGGCCUGAGGCAGCUAAGACGUCCUCUACUGUCACGUCAGAAGACUCAGAAUGAAUCCAGAAACCGCCAUGGAGCUCGGCUGUCAACCACUCGGAGGAGCAUUCAACCUAAAACGAAGCCAUCUGUGGAUCAGAAACGAUCUGUGACCUUCAUUGAGGCUCAGCCGGCUCAGCCAGAGCUAGCAGGUGCCCCAACAGACACACUUCCUGCCACAGUCCAGCCACAAGGCUGCAGCCCAGCCCCAUCUGGGAAGCCAGAAGGAAUGGACAAACCAGUCCUCACAUCCUCCCCGGCCACUGUUGUUGCUGAUCUUCACAGACUGUCUCCCAAGCAGAGUGAGACCCUCCCUGCUGAAGAAGGAGAAAAGAAGGAGGACCCAGAAGUACCAGGUGCUGCAGCACACAGCCCCCUCUCUACUCAAAUCUCAGACCCCGAUGACUUCACAGGCCUUGAGACGUCCAUCCUCCUGCAGCACGGAGACACUGUCCUUCACAUCAGCGAAGAGAACGGCAUGGAGAACCCCCUGCUGUCCAGCCAGUUCACUUUCACUCCCACGGAGCUGGGGGAGGCUGGUGUAGACCUGGAUGAGUCACAUGUUUAGUUCUGUAUCUUGUCUGAGUUGCAGGUGUAGACAAGAUGAGGGAGGGAUCACUUAGCUAAAAGUUGAAUACUUUUGCUUGAAAAAAAAAAAGAUGAAAACACAGCACUUUAUAUCCAAUAGGUGACACAAAUCUCAGUAGAUUUUGCUGCCAGUGCACAUAUUGUUUCAUAAACAUCUUUUAAAAAACAAUGGCUAAGAUUAGUUAAUUGUAUGAAGACCAUAAAGACCAGGGAGUAAUAAGGGGGAAGAGCCGUUUGCACAUUGUUUGUGAUUCAAGAAGGCUUGAGCAGUUAAAAACAUACUAUUACAGAGCUGCUUAGCUAGAAAUAUUAACAAAUAAUAUAUUCUAAAAGAGAAUGCAUUUGAGGUUAUUCACAUUAUACAUCUCAUGCAAAUGUUUAUUUUUAUAGUUUCAAAAAUAUUAAACCAGGUGGUUGUACAAGUAGCAAUUUACAUAAAAAUAACAAAUAAUAAAAACAGUAGUUUAGGGGAAACUAAAUAAUAAAUAAGCCCACAGACAUUUUUGUUUUGAUCAACAACGCAGCCAUGUAGAUGAAGGAAAACAUAUUAUUUUUAGAGCUGUGGACUUUUCAAUAUUUGCUUUUCAACCGUCAUUUUUAUUGCAUGUUGUAAAUCAGAAUACUAAUGCCAUAAGGUCAUUCUGUUCAUAAUCAAUCACUGUAGAGAGAAUACUCUAGAAAUUAUCAAAUGUAAUUCUGAAUUAGGAAGAACCUAAACAACCCAUACUAUAAUAAAAAUGAAAUAUAACUAUAAUACUUAGAAAAAGAUGGUAUUCCUAUUUCUAGCCCUAACUACAUCUUGCCAAUAUUAGGAAAUACUGCAAAGUGUGAUUAGUUUCCUUAUAGUAGUGCCUACCCUCGGGGACAUAUUUUCAGAUAUUAAAGUUAUUGUUAGAAUAGGUUCACUAAAAUAGCUUCCAAAUGUUAACAGUAUUCUUAUCAUCCUUUAGACAUUUGAGUUUAUGAGGAAAAAAAUAUAAAUUGAGCCAUCACUUCAUGGACAAAAUCAGCUUAUGAAUUUACUUUAACUUGAAGUUCAGUUACUCAAGCAAAGUAUAAAACUUAAAAGGCUUGCGACGCCAUAUCUAGUAUGUUAUUGAUGCUAUAGUAGGGCUAGGUAUAAUACAGUUCAAAACUGAAUUUCAGAAAUGUAACAGUUUACAUUAGAAAACUGUUACAGAACUACUAAUUAUAUAAAAAUGCAUAUAUUUACCUAAAUUGGUAUGGUGGUGUGUGUGUGAGUGAGUGGGUGUGUUUUCUAGUCCUCCAGUUGAAGUUAAAUACAGAUAUUUACUAUUGCAAUGAAUUCAUAACACAUUCUAUAUGCUUAAACUUUGACUAUGUUGACCAUGAAAAGUAUAUGUAUAUAUAGAGGAGACCUAUUAAACCCACCCAAAUCACAAAGGAAAAUUAUUUUUCUGUUAGAAUCCUUUAUUAAAUAGGCAUUGUUUACACUGUGGUUUGUACUUCCAAAUAUAAUUUGGGGUUUUGGUCCAAUUUACUAUGAGAAUGAAAGGUAUCUGUGAGUUAAAGACAAUAAUGGACAAAACUAAAAAUUUCCAAUCUAAAGCUUCAGAAAAUAGAGCUUCAGAAAGCAGGGGCUUCUUUUAUGUUUUAAAACACUUUCAGAAUAUAGACACUUAACACUGAAUUAUGCAGAAAUAUAAUGUAAGUGGGUUUAUAACUCUUUCUAAGCUGAUGUAUUUUGCCUGUUAAAAAUUAUGCUGCUCAAUUAGUGUUAGAGGCCUUAUGUUUGGUAAUUACAUGUGUCUGAGCUAUCUGAGUCUCUAUAUAUGUCUGUGUUUUGUUCCAGUUACUUGAUUCUUGAUUCAAAUUCUCUAUGUGUAAUUGUAUAACAUAUUUAAAAAGUAAAGGGGUCAAAGAAGAUUGUUAAAUAUCUGCUAAGAAUACCUUUAUAUGUAAAAAGUAUUGAACAUAUUUAUGCUUACCCGUCUGCCUUUUAGCCUGACUCCUUCACUCUAGGGUUAUAGAUGGCUGUUGGAAACUUUUCCAAUAAGCUAAGUAUUGUUGUGUCUUGCAAAAAAAGCCACCACUCUGAGAAGCAGGGCCUUGGAGGGUGGGAAUGUUUUCAUACUGGGAUUACUGAGAUUUUGCAGAUGUACGUAUGCAUCUGUUCCAUUUAAGGUGCCCUUAAAUGUGUUGAAUGUAAUUUAUUGAAUGUUCAUGUGCAAUUGAUAAAGUAUCUAAAUGUAUGUGCAUAAGAUUGUCACAAGCUGUAUUCUCAGGAAUACUGUUACCUGGAGUUUGAAGGAAUAGCUAUUUUAAAAAAAAAAUAGUAGUGGGAGAUUAGAGAAACGUUUAAGAUAGUUAACAAAUUUUUGCAAUGUUCAAAUUAUUGAGCAUAUGACUAAAAGUAAUUAUAUAUGAUAAAUACAGUAUUGAUAAUACUAUAUCAUUUCUUAAGCUAUGAUGCUUAAUGAUAUUCAUUUUGUUCAGAGGAAAAUUAAAACAGGCACUUACAUCCCAUGUGUAAAAAAUUGGACUCAACUGAGAGGUUGCUUUUUCAGAAAUUAACUUUUGAGAGAAAUUGGAAUAAAUACGUAUCAUCCAUAUUAGUGGGUGUAGAUUUAUAGUACUCAGUUUCAAUUAAAGCAGUUCCAUCCUAGGUACAGCAUUUUCUAUAGAAAAACAUUUUACUCUCAUUUUUCCGGUAUUUGCUGCUUUCUAUAAUUCUAUUAGAUGCGUUAUUUGAUUUUUUUUCCAAUAGAAGGAAUCUGAAUUGUUGAGUACAUUGGGACAGUGCACUGGGAACUAGUGUCAAAAAGCAUAAUUGGGCAUGGCAGUGCUGGGAAAACAAUCUCUGGUAUUUGGGGGUCUGGCUAGAGCUUGUUGAGUAGGCUGAAAGUAACUGGUUUGCUAUUUCAGGCCUCCAAGAGUACCUAAGGCAGUGUGACAGCUCCCUUCUUUAGUAUCUGUCCUUUUAGUCAAUGAAGAAUAUUCUCCACUCAGCUGUCCAACUCCAACAGUAUCUGAGAUGAGAAUAGGGUGUGUAUAGGGACCUACAGGAAAGAAAGGGUCAGGAAUAGAAUUAUAGUCUAAAACACAAAUACCCUUCCUCAAAUCUAGAAUUUGCCGCUGUCACACCAAGCCAUGCUGUUGCCAUGUGACUGCACACUGCCCAUGCCAUGGCUUGUCAUUGGCAGUGAGUAGGAAGUCCACUUCCUCAUUUACUUUAGUGGACCUCAACUGCAGCAAUUCAGAAACAGAGUUUGGUUUGACACUCAGGACAAUAAAGACAAGUUAAGAGUAGAAUGUAUUUGGAAAAGCUUAAGGCAAAUUUAUUUAUAUUGUUUUAGGAUCAUUUAGCAUUACAGAUCAAUGUACCUCCAUAAUAUAUUUCGAUAGUCACUGUGACUGAAGGAUAAAAAUCCUUUAUUAGCCAUUUUGUAGGUAAAAAACAAAUGAUUACACAGCCAACUUCCCUCAGAUGACUUAAGAAGUCUGUUAUAAAUACUGGAUGACCAAAGAGCAUGGAAAAAUGCCUAUGAAUUAAUACUGAAAUGUUUAUGAAAGAUAUUUAUGAAAGAUAUUAAGACUUCUGUGUUUGAAUAUGCACAUAUAUAAUAAAAUAACUCUAUAAAAACACUUAA